CCGAGUCCCAGACCCAGGUCCCAACACCAACACCGUUUCCCCACUUCGCAUAUUGAUUUCCCCACUCGCAAUCAUGUCUUCCACCACGCAGGACCUCGUUGACGAGGUUGAGCCACAGCCCGACCCAAUCGAAGUCCAUCUCUUCUGCGAAAGACAUCACACUCAUAGAGAGCCUCGACAGGCCUCUGUGAGCAAAAUGGAACUCUAUAGAUUUGCAGCAGGUCAAAAGAAGGUCUUCUUCUUUCUAGAUGACCAUCAUCUCAUUCAAUUCUGGAGAUCAGCGGACCUCCCGCUCACCGCGCCGCCGCUGGCCCCGGGCCACUACCGGCUGCGCUUCCAGUGCGGCAGCACCGAAACCACGGUGGACUGGCCCGAGGAGCAGGCCGACGCCUACCAUGCCAAGUGCGUUCGGCGUCUCGGGUACUACCAGAACAAUGAGAAUGGUUGGGUAUGCUAUCACUUCGCCCCUAUCGAGGAGGUGCCUCUCUCCUGGUACUUUGAGGAUAUGCUUCAAUUCACAGGCGAUCGUCUCGUCGUUAUUGAUAAAUCAAUUCUGCCCCCAAUUUCGAAACCGAAGGUAAGACUGAACACAAAUGCGUGA